AUGGUGGCAGCCAGCAACUGCACUAAUGCUGCUGCUGCUGCUGCGUCAACAGUAACAACAGAGCCGGCCUUAAAAAACGGUGAUUACACGAACGGUAUUCAAACCUGUCCCUCAGUGCGCAGUAUGCCUCUCCCAUCGAGAAACUCGCUCUGUACGGGCCUCAGUACGGACAAUUCUGUUCUGACCGACCAGUUGGCGGCGGUCGAAAAUGUGUGCAAAGGCUUCAAGUAUAUCAGUCUGGACGGUCUCUUUUUCGUUGGCGUGACUCAAAACGGUCCGAAACUGUCCGUAACAUCCGCUCUGAAAAGUGCCUUUGGUAAAAUUCUUCAGUUGAAGAAGCCGCCUGAGUCGUCCCUCGACCUAGAGACUCAGCAAAUGAAAGAGGUGACUGUUGCCACUGGCCCUGCUCACUCUGCACUUUUCCGCCGGCUUCAGGUGAACGAAUCC